AAUAAGAAUAUACCCAUUAGAACAGUUCAAUGUGUUUUUUUUUAAGAGUAAAUACAUAAAUCCACUGUUAUAAUCAUUAUAUAGGACUCUGGGCACGAGGGUUUAGGUUGUGUUAAUAACAAGCACCCCAAAAGAAGAGUUUGAGAGGAGACGAAAAGGACACAGGGAUCAUUUGAAUAAAUAAACUAGAAAAAAUAGAGGAGCACAAGGUGAUUCCUUUGCCGUUUGGGGGUGAACAGAGAAAUCUCUCAAAGGUUUAUACCAAAGAGUCGAAGAAGUUAAACAAUCCAACAAAUCAUUAAUAACCCCACAAUAAAAGUUAUGAAUUUGGAGCUCACCAGGGUACCACGACAACUCCCGCUCCACCACAACCACACGUUAAAAGUCUCUCUCCAUAAAGGGAAACCUUCCCCUAAAAUCUCUAUCUACCUUGCCUUCUCCGUAUCCUCUUCAAGAAGCACCAAACCACAAACACCCCACAGGAGAAGAGAACCUAAAGAACCAAUCUUUGUUUUCUCUUCUUCUUCCUCUUCUUCUUCUUCUGUGCAUCAGUGUCAUAAUUAUUAUAUAAAGAAGAUGACGGUGGUGAUUGAUAAGCACAAUGUCCUCGUGGGCACUUUCUUUGCCUUUCUUUUCUUGUACAUUUUGCGCCAAAAUAUCUGGAAAAGAGAAAAGAUCAGGAAGAGAACAACAUUGAAGAUCCAAAACGAUAGUGCUGUGUCUGUCUUAAGGCAUGAAAAUGGAGGAGGCUUCUCCUCUGCUGAUGACGUCAUUGUUGUCGGUGCUGGUGUUGCUGGUGCUGCCUUGGCUUAUACUCUUGGCAAGGGCAAAGACCUUGAACUAAAAGCUCAAUUCCAAAACUACAGGAUGGAAGACGUGUUCAUGUGAUAGAAAGAGACAUGAAAGAGCCUGACAGAAUUGUCGGUGAACUGCUCCAACCCGGGGGAUAUCUAAAAUUAAUCGAAUUAGGCCUUGAGGAUUGUGUGGAGGAAAUUGAUGCCCAACGAGUGCUUGGAUAUGCUCUCUUCAAGGAUGGGAAGAAUACUAGAUUGUCAUACCCUUUGGAAAAAUUCCACACAGAUGUUUCUGGGAGAAGCUUCCAUAAUGGACGUUUCAUUCAGAGGAUGAGAGAAAAGGCUGCUACCCUGCCCAAUGUAAGACUAGAACAAGGAACAGUCACAUCUCUGCUUGAAGAAGAUGGGACUGUUAAGGGUGUUCAAUACAAAACGAAGGAUGGCCAAGAACUUAAAGCUUAUGCUCCUCUUACAAUUGUGUGUGAUGGCUGCUUCUCAAAUCUGCGCCGCUCUCUAUGCAACCCUAAGGUUGAUGUGCCUUCGUGUUUCGUGGGUUUGAUCCUGGAGAACUGUCAGCUUCCAUUUGAAAAUCAUGGGCAUGUCAUUCUAGCAGAUCCAUCACCAAUUUUGUUUUAUCCGAUUAGCAGCACAGAGGUUCGCUGUUUGGUUGAUGUACCAGGUCGAAAAGUGCCUUCCAUUGCUAAUGGUGAAAUGGCCAAUUAUUUAAAGAACAUGGUUGCACCACAGAUUCCAUCUGAGCUUCGCAAUGCCUUCAUAUCUGCUAUAGAUAAAGGUAAUAUCAGGACCAUGCCAAAUAGAAGCAUGCCAGCGGAACCACAUCCUACUCCUGGAGCGCUUCUGAUGGGUGAUGCUUUCAACAUGCGUCAUCCAUUAACUGGUGGUGGGAUGACUGUGGCAUUGUCUGAUAUUGUUGUACUUCGUGAUCUUCUUAAACCACUUCGUGACCUUAAUGAUGCAGCUUCGUUGACCAAAUAUCUUGAAUCCUUUUACACCUUGCGCAAGCCAGUUGCAUCUACGAUAAAUACUCUAGCAGGUGCUUUGUAUAAAGUGUUCUCUGCUUCCUCUGAUGAUGCAAGGAAGGAAAUGCGCGAAGCAUGUUUUGACUAUUUAAGCCUUGGGGGUAAUUUCUCAGCAGGACCUGUGGCAUUACUGUCUGGUCUAAACCCUCGUCCACUGAGUUUGGUCCUUCAUUUCUUUGCGGUUGCCGUAUAUGGUGUUGGUCGUUUGCUACUUCCAUUUCCAUCGCCUAAACGCGUGUGGAUUGGAGCGAGAUUAAUUUCGAGUGCAUCAGGCAUUAUUUUCCCAAUUAUCAAAGCAGAGGGAGUGAGGCAAAUGUUUUUCCCUGCCACUAUUCCUGCUGUUUAUAGAGCUCCUCCUGUUGAUUGAUACAUCAGAUGUGCCGAAUCAAAGAGGCUUUAUUACUGUCAACAAAAGCCAGUUCGUUUCUGCAAGUUCCCUGUUCAUAAAUGUCAAGGGCUUGUUUGGAUAUAUAUAUAUAUAUAUAUAUAUAUAUAUAUAUAUAUAUAUAUAAAGAACUAUGAGGGCAUGCUAUAUGCAAACUAGUGUGUAGACGGCAAUUGAUCUUAUGUAUCAUGAAGUUGCAUGAACUUCUUGAAUAAAUGUCUUCCGAAGUUGAGUUCAUGUGAUGUCAAUAUGAACACCAACUUUUAUUCCUUUUAUUAUCAAUAAAAUUUCUACAGGGUUGAACCUC